AUGUUCAGAGACACCAACAUUUCUCCAGCCUCUUACUCUCUUUUAUACCUCCUACCCUCUCCAUUUUGCUCUGCCCUGAAACCUCUGCUGAAUCCUGUUUAUCUGGGAGAAGAGGAGGAAGAGGAGGAAGAGGAGGAGGAGGAGGAGGAGGAGGAGGAGGAGGAGGAGGAGGAGGAGGAGGAAGAAGAAGAAGAAGAAGAAGAAGAAGAAGAAGAAGAAGAAGAAGAAGAAGAACAACAACAACAACAACAACAACAACAACAACAACAACAACACAUAGUUUCUUCCCUUCACCGUUGGAGAAGAGCCAUAGCUGAAACUCUGGAAAGCUUCUGUCAGCCCAUGCAGAAAGCACUGAACUAG